AUGCACGUUGGUGCGGAGCCUCCGAGCUUUGCACUUGGCCGCACUGCGGCUACACCGGUGAAGGCUGAAGCAGCGCGCCAGCACAUGCAGCGUUGUGUCAGACUCCUCGUCUCCAAACGCGCUCUCGCGCGCAGCGGCGUGGCGACAAACACGAUCCGCAGUGCCGCAGCCUCCUCUUCCUCAUCGACUGGCCUGGCCAUCUGCGGCCUCGGCGCCGCGGUCGGUGCUGCCAUCGCCGCACCCAAGAAGGAGAGGGCGGCGCUCCGUGCCUUCGAGAAUGAGCUCGGCGUGCAGGCGCCCGUGGGCUUCUGGGAUCCUGCGGGCUUCACCUCGGAUGGCGACGCCAAGGAGUUCUACCGCCGCCGCGUUGUGGAGAUCAAGCACGGACGCGUUUCAAUGCUCGCGUGCACCGGCUACAUUGUGCAGGAGUUCGUCCGCUUCCCGGGCUUUUUGUCCCCGAGCUCAGACAUCAAGUUCGCCGACAUCCCGAACGGGCUGAAGGCGGUCACUGUCGUGCCGGCAGUUGGUUGGUUCCAGUACACCGUGUUCUGCGGCCUUUGCGACCUGUGGAUUGCCGACCAGAGGCCCACCAACCCUCCAGGCAAGCUCCAGACCCGACUUUUCGGUGAUGACGCAUUGAACUACGACUACGGCUUCCUUGGAAUCCCAGCCUACCUGGGUGGCAAGCCCGUCGAGGAUCCGGAGCUCAAGAAGAAGAAACUCAAUGCUGAGCUCGCUAACGGCCGCCUGGCCAUGAUGGCGAUCAUCGGAAUGUUUUUCCAGGAUGGUCUCACCGGCUCUGCCUGGGGUGACUGGGCAAACUACACCGAAUCUCCUCUCCGCGCCUUCGAGACGGAGCUCGGUGUGCAGCCCCCGGCCGGCUUCUGGGACCCUCUGGGCUUCACCAAGGGCGGCGAUGCCGCCUCCUUCCGUCGCCGACGAUAUGUGGAGCUGAAGCACGGACGCGUGGCGAUGUUGGCCUGCAUGGGAUACAUCGUCCCUGAGUACUACCGCUGGCCGGGUGACCUCUCUCCUUCUCUUGGCAUCAAGUUCACGGACGUCCCAACCGGCUUCGCCGCCUUCUCCAAGGUGCCCCUGAGCGGCUGGGCGCAGAUGGUGGCCUUCGCAGGCAGCGUGGAGCUUUUCCAGUAUGUGGACGAUCCCAAGCGUGCUCCGGGUGACUUCGAGAACGCAGGCCUCCUGGGCAUCCCCAACGGCUUCAUGAAGGCUCCGGAGGGCCAGAAGGAGAAGAAGCUGGCUGCAGAGAUCGCAAACGGACGUCUGGCAAUGAUGGCCAUCAUUGGCAUGUUCUUCCAGAACGGACUGACAGGACAGGCCUGGGGCGACUGGUCCCUUUACACGGACUCCCCGCUGCGCGCACUGACGCCGGCGCAGGAGAUUAUUGCCGGGACCGGCGGCCCUCUCCCCGACAACUUCUGGGAUCCGGCAGGCAUCACCAACGGCAAGACCGAGAAGGAGAUCGCGAUGCUCAGGGCCAUGGAGCUGAAGCACGGCCGCGUGGCCAUGCUCGCAGUGCUCCAUUGGUUCCACGUGGCCGCAGGCUACCACCUCCUGGGUGACUACGCCAUCGGCGAGAAGAUGAGCGACGACCCGCUCGUCAGCCUGACCCAGCUGCCCAUGGGAGGCAUGUGGCAGGUGAUCUUCACCAUCAUGUGCCUGGAGUGGCUGACCACCUACAUCUGCAAGCCCCCUGAGGACCGCCCUUGGGACGUGCUCGGAUGGAAGGGCAUCAUCGACGAGGACUACCCUUCCGAGAUCUGGAACGGCUGGAAGCGUGUCCAGUGCCAGGAGCUGAACAACAGCCGCCUGGCCAUGGUGGCCAUCACCGGACUCGUUGCGCAGGACGUCGUCACCGGCGACUAUGUCGCAGGCGUCGGCAAGCUCUGCGGUGGGGCAGCGGUGUGCAACCAGCCCAUCGACUACUCUCCUUGGCAGAACCUCCCUCCCAUCGAUGACUUCGUGGCCAAUGCCCCCUCGUGGGCCAACGGACCCGCCCUCUACGGCGUCAACUGA